UCUCAUUCUCUCACUCUCAGAAGCUCUAGAAACUCCAGCCGUCCUUCGGUGCUGCCAUGGAUCUCUUGGGGAGCCUCCUGGUCCUCUGCCUCUCCUGUAUGUUUUUCCUGGCCGUGCGGAGGAAGAGGGCCAAGCACCAGAACCUGCCCCCUGGCCCGACACCCCUGCCACUUAUCGGGAACCUCCUACAGCUGAAGUCCAAUAACAUAAUGGAACCCCUGCAGAAGAUGUGUGAAAAAUACGGACCUGUGUUCACGGUGUAUUUUGGCCCAGAGCGGGUGGUGGUUCUCCACAGUUAUGAGACAGUGAAGAAAGUUCUGGUUGAACACGGAGAUGAGUUUACCAACCGAGGCACCUUGCCAGUAGCAGAUAAGAUCAACAAAGGAUUCGGUAUCUUCAUGUCCAAUGGUGAGCGUUGGGUUCAGCUCCGUCGUUUCUCCCUCACAACCUUGAGGGACUUUGGGAUGGGGAAGAAAAGCAUCGAGGAGCGAAUCCAAGAGGAGGUCAAGCACCUGGUGAAGGAACUCUGGGCCAAAAAAGGCCAGCCCUUUAACCCAGCGUUCCUCUUCAGCGCUGCUACCUGCAAUGUGAUCAGUCACAUCCUCCUUGGAGAAAGGUUCGAUUACCAAGAUCAGCAGCUUCUCCAGAUCCUUCACUGGAUCACUGAAAGUCUCCGGAUUGAGAGCUCCACUGCAGGGCAGCUCUACAACCUCUUCCCCAGGAUCAUGGACUACUUGCCUGGCCCUCACCAAACCUACUUCAAAAACCUCAUCUGUAUCUACAACUUUAUAGACCAGAAGGUGAAAGAUCACGAGGAAACCGUGGAUGCCAAUGAUACUCGAGACUACAUAGAUUGCUUCCUUCUAAAAAUGGAGCAGGAAAAGCACAAUUCCAAGACUGAGUUUACUAGAGAGAACCUGAUUAUGACGGCUUUUGACAUAUUCUUUGCCGGGACAGAAACCACCAGCACCACCCUGAGAUACAUCUUAAUGGUCCUGACAGAACACCCAGCGGUGGAAGCAAAGAUCCAUGAGGAGAUAGACCGAGUGAUAGGCCGGGAGCGCCCUCCUGUUAUGAAGGACCGCCCUCAGAUGCCAUACACGGAAGCCGUCCUACACGAGGCCCAGAGGUUUCUUGAUUUACUCCCUUUAGGGCUCAACCGUAUGCCAAGACAGGACGUUGAAAUUGAAGGCUUUACCAUACCCCAGGGAACCACCAUCUUUCCCAUGCUGACUUCCGUACUGCAUGACCCUAAACAGUUUAAAAAUCCACAUUUGUUUGACCCAAAACAUUUCCUGGAUGAAAGAGGAACCUUCAAGAAGAAUGGAGCAGACAUACCUUUUUCUGCAGGGAAGAGGAACUGCCUAGGAGAGGGUUUGGCCCGCAUGGAGCUCUUCUUAUACCUCACCAGCAUCCUGCAGAACUUUCGUCUCAAACACCCUCCAGGAGUCACCAAAAUCGACCUCACACCAGAUGUCAGUGGGAUAAUGAAUGUACCACACCAAGUCCAGAUCUGCUUCUGCCCACGCUAAUCAGCUGCCUCCCCACCCAUAGUAUUGCUGGGGGUCUCACAAGGACUUCCACUUUCUCUCACUGAUUCAGUCUCUAGCUACAAAAUAGAUAUGAGCCUCUUGGGGUUCAGGAUUAGAUCUGCUUCUUAGCUUCACCCAAUGGAUCCUGGGAACUGGACUUUCAGAAGGCUUCACAGCAUUCUCUGCAGAAGGCACCGACAGGCUGUUUCUUUGCCAGGUGGCUAUCAGAAUUACCACACUCAUGAUAAAGUAAAGUAAGGCUGUGCCUCUAUCCAGAGAGUGGAUUCUUUUUCAAUGACAAACAAUGAAUCCACUCUCAUUUGCUACCAGAGAAUCUACUCUCACAACACCUCUGAAACAAUAAAACCCAGUACUCCAUGGGCUUGUGGGUUUGGGGGUGAUUUGUAUCCUAUGUGCACUACACCACCACUCACUCUGGGCCACCCCAGUGCCCCCCAAGUGGAGUUAUGGGGCUGCUGAAAUCCCCAUUAUUCCCUAUGGGGGUGAACUUAAAGAUACGCAAAGUUCAGGAAUUCUUUAAAUAUCCUCCCUUGCUCAAUCACUCUGAAACCUGGAUAGUAGCAGGCAUCCAUUGGGGCACUACCACCCAACCCACUCUUCUGCCCCCAAAGCCCCUUUUCUGCCCUGAAUCUUCCCCAAAGAUCCACAAACUUCAGAAAUUCUUUAAAAAUCACCCCUUUACCCAGUUCCUUUGGAAUCUGGUUGGUAGCAGGCACCCAUUGGGGCACUACCACCCAACCCACUGUGGCACUCCUAGGGGGCACCCACAGACAAAAAUGGGCACUGUCUGUCCCCAUUGUCCCAUAGGGUGGAUGCAGCACACAUUAACAACAGCAGAGCUUUGCAAAGAACAAGGUUUCCAAAGGUCACGCACAUCCACUGUGUCCCACUAUCCCCCCCCAACAGAAAUGCAAUUGAUCUACACACAACAGUGUGAAACAACAACAAUGAAAUGCACUGUCCCACACACACCCUCCCUAUGCAGGAUAACAGCAGCAGCCAGCAACAAACAAGCAAGCAAGCAAGCAAGUGUGAUAUCACAGAUGCAGCAGACUAGGGCCAACAACAGCCUCAAAUGUGCCCUGCCCUCCCUCCCCCAAGCAAUUCAUCAACAAGCAACAGACACAGCUACUUCUGUGGCACCCGGACAUAAAAGCAGGUUAAGUAAGGAUGCAAAACAACAUUCUGCCAGUGGAACAGAAAGAGGUUUGGCCCCCCCUCCCACCUACACAAAUAAGAGUGAUGAUGACAACAAUGCCAAACCAUUUUUGGAGCACUUUUUUGACACUUCUGCAACGGAUCGGAGCCUAUGACACCAGCACAACCUAUUGUAGAUGCAAGCAAUCUAGUUUGAAUAAAAACGCAGAUGAUGCUAGAAGUCACAA